UUCUACGAUAACUUCAACCUUGGAGCAUGAUGUCCAAUAUGAACCUUGUGCCUUUCAGCAUUUGCCUCAGUGGAGCCUAUAAAUGGGCGAAAUGGAAAGUUUGAAACAAACCAAUUAAAACAAAACAAGGGCAGCUAAUAAGUAACAAUGGAAUUGCCCGUUCUGCUGCUUCAACUCCUUUUUCUGUUGCCAAUGGCUGCAAUAUCAUCGGCACUGGCCUUGGCGAAGCCCAGCUGCGAGGAAAAAUGUGGCGACAUCACCAUUCCCUACCCGUUCGGCUUCGGGGAUUCAAGUUGUUACAGAAAGUCGUACGAGGUAACCUGCAACCACAAUUUCAACCCUCCAAAGCCUUUCCUAUUGAACAGUAAUAUAGAGGUUCUAAACAUAUCGCUACUAGGCCAAUUGCGCACUAGAGGCUUUUUAAGUUACGAUUGCUACAAUCAGUUGGGAAAUUCGACGAACAGGUCCCGCGCUUCUUUCAAUCUUGCAGACCUUCCCUAUACUUUUUCCGACACCAAAAACAAGUUCACGGCAAUGGGUUGCGACACAAUAGCCUUGCUAACGGCUUCCGGGGGUCGCAACUUUACAGGCGGAUGCUCCAUGCUUAGCAGCGACCUGCAGAACUUGGUUAACGGGUCAUGUUCUGGGAUUGGUUGUUGUCAGACUUCGAUUCCAAAGGGGUUCAAAUACUUCGAUGUGGUUCUCAGUAGUGCUUUUAAUCACACCCAGGUCUCGAUUUUCAAUCCUUGCAGCUACGCUUUCUUGGUUGAUUCUGAGUGGUUUAACUUCUCCGUACCCGAUAUCAUGGGCUAUAUGGAUUUCUAUAACAUAAAUGGAGGAAUGGUCCCAAUCGUGCUCGACUGGGCAAUAGAAAACUACACCUGUGCAAAUGCUCUCACUAGUGAUCCAAAUUAUGCAUGCGGUAAGAACAGCGAAUGUUUUAACUCUCCUAAUGGUUUGGGAUAUCUCUGCAAUUGUUCUCAAGGUUAUCAGGGCAACCCUUAUCUUGAAAACGGAUGCCAAGACAUAGACGAAUGCGCAUAUCCAACUUUGAAUGACUGCUCAUCAUCAGGGCAAUGCACUAAUACGCCUGGGAGUUACUACUGCUCCUGCCCAGAUGGUACCCAAGGGGAUGGAAGGAAAAAUGGGAGUGGUUGUGUAGCUCCUCCAAGGAAGCGAUCUCAGCUGAUACAAGUCUGUUUAGGUAUUGGUUUCGGCAUCUUGUUUCUUCUAUUUGUUAGUUCUUGGCUGUAUUGGGGAAUCCAAAAGAGAAAGCUCGACAAACGCAAAGAAAACUUUUUUCAGCAAAAUGGAGGUCUCUUAUUGAGGCAAUUGCUCUCUUCAAAUGAUGCAAAUAUAGAAACUGCAAAGAUAUUUACUGAAGAAGAGCUCAAGAAAGCAACUAACAACUUUGAUAAGAGUCUGAUCCUAGGUCGCGGUGGCUAUGGUACAGUAUAUAAAGGAACUUUACCUAAUAAUAAGAUUGUUGCCAUUAAGAAGUCCAAAAUAGUUGAUGAAAAUCAAGUUGAGCAAUUCAUCAAUGAAGUGGUUAUUCUUUCUCAAAUUGAGCAUGAGAAUGUAGUCAAGCUUUUAGCUUGUUGCUUAGAUUCCGAAAUCCCCUUAUUAGUAUACGAAUUCAUUACUAAUGGGACUCUAUUCCAUCAUAUUCAUGAUGAAGGACACAAAUCGUCAGUUUCAUGGGACAAUCGCCUAAGGAUUGCUACAGAAACUGCAAAAGCACUUGCCCAUUUGCACACUGCAGCUACCCCUCCGAUCAUUCAUAGAGAUAUUAAAUCGGCCAAUAUUCUCUUAGACGAUGUCUUUAAAACAAAAGUAUCAGAUUUUGGAGCUUCAAGAUUAGUUCCAUUAGACCAUACUCAAUUUACCACAUUAGUACAGGGAACAUUGGGGUACUUGGACCCAGAAUAUUUUCAAACAAGUCACUUGACAGAGAAGAGUGAUGUUUAUAGUUUCGGUGUAGUUCUUGUAGAGCUAUUAACCGGAAGAAAAGCACUAGAAUUGGACAGACCAGAAAGAGAGAAAAAUUUGGCUAUCUAUUUCAUGGGUUUGAUGAAAGAAGACAGCGUUUUGGAUAUUUUGGAGGAUAGAGUGUUAAAUGAGGCUGAUCGGGAUCAACUUUGUGAAGUCACUAAGCUUGCACACAGAUGCCUAAGCGCGAAGGGAGAGGAUAGGCCUACAAUGAAGGAAGUAGCCAUGCAGCUAGAAGAGUUGAGGGGCUUCGACAACCAUCCAUGGGUUGAACAUAAUCAUGAAGAAGUAGAGCAUUUGCUUGGUGAGCAACCAAAUUUACAAAAUUGCAGUACUUCAGAGUAUGAUAGUAGUUUGAAGGGUCACGUUGCAAUAUCAUUGAACAAUGGGCGAUGAUAGUUAAAGUUUCAACUUCUGUUUGUCAUCUUGUUUGUAUAUUUUUAAG